AUGCACCAGCGCAACAAGUACAAUUACCACAUUGCGCCUGCUGGCAGUAAUGGAGCCGGGGGCGUGACAACACCUCAAGCCGAUCUACUGGCGUCAAAAUCCAACUAUGAGCUGAUAUCUUCCGGUGAGCAUUUGGAGAUGGGCCUGCACUUCAGCACCGCCAUGGCCACCGGCGUCAUGAUGAAGCGCGCCACACACCGCGCUGCCGAACAAGCGCGGCGAGACCGAAUGAAGACAGCCAUGGUCGAUCUCGCAGAAUUUUUGCUCGACGGCGAAGUCACAUUCGGCAGCGGAACCACAUGCUUCGUCGUCAUGCGGGGAACCGAAGGCAAAGAGACGGACGUCGGCGAGAAGGGCGAGAAGAAAGCCGUCCCUGGAGAGAAGAGAACGGUUAAUAAAGCGCGACUGAUCGAAAUGGCGCUUGAGAAGAUGAAGGCGCAAGAGAAGGAGAUUGAGAUGCUGAGAAAGGAGAUUGAGGAUCUCCGUACGACGCCCGAUCAGAUGGAUGUGACGGAGUAA